AUGAGACUGUCUAGCGACUGCCGGACGCACUGGAGGCUGCAAGAGGGCAGCGAAGAGACGAGUUACAGCAACGGCAGCGAGGCCAGGUUGGAAUACGGCGGAUGGGAUGAAGGCUACAUCAACCAUUGUCUCGCAGGCGGGAAGAACCACUGUCUCUGGCUGGUGGCCGUCGAUGGGCUCUACGGCGAGCUUCUGUCCACUGGGCUUGACGUCUCCCGCCGCGAAGACCACAGAGUGAACAUCGACAUCCCCGAGCAGGUCCUGCGCAAGGCGACGCGGUUCAGGUUCGAUAUCACGAGCUGCAACGGCUAUACACACAGUGGCAGUGGCCGCGAGGAGAACGCCAUAUCAUCAGACGAGUUUCGCGUUUCAGCGUUGGCAUCGGCAUCAACAUCGACAUCGAAGUCGACAUCUACCAGGCGGAUCGCAGGGCGAGACACAAGUGACCUGUCAGUAGGCAGCAAGACUGGCAUCGGGAUAGGCGUUGUGCUCGCCCUUAUUACUCUGGUGUCUCUCGGGUUCCUGCAUUUCUACCGUCGACGGCGAAGAAAGAGAGAGAUUGAAUCGUAUCUCGCGGCCUCGCGGCCAGCACGACCACCACAGCCAGCAGCGGUGUCAACCAUGGCAUCACCGGCACCGGUAAAAUGGCCACCCGCAGAGAUGCCCGCAGAAAACAAUCCGAAGCAGCCCAUAUUCGAGAUGGAAGGCCGUGGGCGCAAGCUUGGGGAGCUCCAGGGCUCUGCGGCCGCGAACGAGAUGUUUGCUUCUUCACCAUCGCCAGCAGCAGCACCCGUGGAACUUCCAGGCAGCAUCCCCUAG